AUGACUGGAGGAUCUGGAGUUGAGAAUUUUGUUUCUCAGGAACAGUUCGCGGGCGCAUUGGAAAAGUUGUGUGUCAAAAUUGAUGCCCGAUUUAGCCGGUUCCGGGAUAAAACAGGCGAGUAUGUUGAGAAAAUCACAGACCUUUCAGAGGUGACUACGAAGCCGAAGACGUUGUUCAUGUCCGAGAGCCACAGUGAACCCCAUAUUUGGAGAAAGCAAAAUGAAGCCGCUAAGGUAGACUGGUUGGCUUCAAAUAAAGCUUUACGGUCUAGCGUAAAACUUUCACAUGACGUCUUCCCACUACAAAAUAGCGAAGAGGUUUUACAACGUCAAGAAGUAGAGCCUACAGCUGAGAAGCAUAUUUUUGCCAAAGAGGUUGAAUCACCUUGUGACCAAUCUAGUGGCGAAAGCUUUUUUCUAGACGAGUCUGCGUCGGGGAGGACCGAUUUGCCAACUUAUGGCGAAUCCCGAACGGAGCAUGAACGUGAAAACGAUAUUAAACAAAGUUGUUCGAACGAAGAAAUCGUUCCGUUCGUAGAUGAAGAUGUAUACAUGGACACCGGCCAGAGACAUGGAGGGCAAACAAUUGAUGACGCCUCUGCCAAUAUUUAUCCUCUUGCCGAUCAGACACAAGUUCAUAGCAAAGGAAAGCAUGUAGAAGAAUUGAAUGACCAAGCUACUGGACGUACUCUAACCUUUCCAGGAAGGGAGUUUCAUGACGAUGGUACUUCACAUACAUCUCGCCGUGCUGCUUACAACCUCUACGGGGGCCCAUUCGUCUUUGAUGGAUGUAAGUUCAAAUACAAAGAAGUUGAUCUGCUGGCUUGUAGUUAUUAUGCUCCAAAGUUCCUGGAGCAAAAGUUUAUUUAUGAUGAUACUGGCCAAGCUUUGCAGACUACACAUGAUGUUUACAGUUCUGAUAUGCCUAUCUUUGAGGCAGGGACUUACUCACCAUUCGGUGGUGAUUAUGUCUAUAAUUUUUACAAAGAGCCAAUUCAUGAUGAGUGCGUCGAUAACUACAAAUUGAUCAUUGGCUCCAAUAUCAACAAAUCUCACGCACAGAGGUUCAAUUCCUUUGAGUCUCUUGGUAUUAAGAAUAUAAACCAGCAAGUGGUUUCUUAUGACAGCCAAUUGGUGGCUACCUUUCAAGACAUCAUGCACUACGACAUGGUAGUUGGCGACAAGGCGGAUCUCUACUCUAUACCAUCCGCAAAGGUGCAAUUGAAGAUUAUGCUUUGUCAAAUGACGAAGAUGCAUGGGGGGCUAAGCGACAUGCCCUGCGAGCAACCCUUUCAGAAUUUUCAAGUUGACGAUACAAAGUAUCUUUGCUCAACACUUGGAAAUUCUUGCAAGAGAGAGUCUCAUGCCGCGAAUGUCAACAUGUCAAGGCAUAUCAAGGUUUGGAGUGAAUCAUUGGUGGCCUCCCCCGUGGCCUUUCAAAGGACACUAAUAUCAGAUUCCAAUUACUGUGCAGCUCGCAUUCUUCGUGCCAUAAGAAUUGCUGCUCGUUUGGGGUUCCGUAUUUCGAAGGAAACAGCUGAUUCAAUUAAAAGUUUAUCCUACUCAAUUGUUAGGCUUGAUAAGGGAAGGAUCCUCAUGGAAAGGAAUUACAUGAUGGCAUAUGGUUCUGCUGAGGCUUCUCUCCGAUUAUUAUGGAAAUUUGGACUUCUGGAACUACUUCUACCCAUCCAGGCAGCAUAUUUUGUUCGCCAUGGUUUUCGAAGACGUGACAAAAGGUCUAAUAUGCUUUUGAUAAUUUCCCUUUUUUCUAACUUAGAUAAACUUCUUGCACCUGACAAGCCGUGCCACAGUAGCUUAUGGAUUGCAAUCUUAGCAUUCCACAAAGCACUCUCUGAACAACCUCGAGAUGCGUUGGUGGUUGCUGCAUUUACCCUUGCUGUUCACAAUGGUGGAGAUAUGUUGGAAGCAGUGGAGAUAGCCAGGACUAUCACUAAACCCCAUGAAGUUAGCUUUCAUGAACUAUUAGAACCUCAGAGAUUGGACUCUGGAGCAUAUACUAAAGAGAUUAGGGAUCUUGAGGCAUCUUUUAGGCGGGCAAUCGAUCACAUGACUGAUGCGCAAAUUGUCUCAGAGGCCAUGGCAGCGUACCCACAAGCACCGUUUUCUGAUCUGGUAUUUAUACCAUGGGGAUUAUCUUUGAGGGUCUCUCGGAUUUUCAACCGUGUAAAGGUGGGUGGGGAGUUGGGGUCUGUGGCAAAGCAAGGCAGCAAGAUUGACUACGAGUCAUUAGCUCAGGGGAGCCUGCCAGAGAUUCGGCAUAUUUUUGCAAGAGUCGUGUUUGAUACCAUAUAUCCUCUUUAGCCUAGACCAUGAUCAUUCUCAUAGCUUGAUUGUGACAAAUUUUGUAACAUGUUAUCAUAAUGAAAAUAAUGGAAAUCAAUUGUUUUUAU